AUGACGAACAGUUUUAAAGAGAAUGAUAACAAUGCUACGGACGACGAUAGUGAAUCAAGUUACCGCUCGAGCCAAUUUGGUUUUUCAGAUAACAGCGAUGAAGCUGAAAAUGAGAUGAGUGAAGAUGAAGUUUUAAAUGAACCAAGUGGAAGUAAAACUGAAGAGGAAGACGAUGAAGAAGACGAAGUUGUUAAAGCCAUUAAGGCUGAAAAAACAAAACCACGUGAUCACCCUCCAGCAAUAAUAUGCGAAGAUUUCAUAGUAGAUAUCUCCCUUCAUCCAGCCAAGAAUUUAAUCGCGAUAGCUAAUAUAGUGGGAGAUGUUUUAUUGUAUGAAUAUAAUAACGAUGAGACAAAACUAGUGAAUUCAUUGGAAUUACAUUUAAAAGCUUGCAGAGAUGUUGAGUUUGAUGAUGAAGGAACAACCCUAUUUUCAACAGCCAAAGAUAAAGUAAUAAUGGCAACAGAUGUAGAGACAGGUAAAUUAAAAAGGUGCUAUGAAGAUGCACAUGAAGAACCUGUUUACAGACUGAUUACUUUGGACAAAGACAAAAUUGUAACAGGUGAUGAUGGUGGAACUGUCAAAUUAUGGGACAUGAGAAAACCCGAACCAGUUUUUUCUAUAAACAUUGGGGAUGAACAUGUUUCUGAUAUGAUUACAAACGAUGCGCAGAAGUACUUAGUUUGUGCUGCUGGGGAUGGUAUUCUUACAACAAUUGAUUUGAAGGGAAGUAAAAUUUACACAACAUCAGAAGAAUAUGAUGCAGAAUUAACCUGCAUGGGCCUGUUCAGAUCGGAUACAAAACUUCUUGUAGCAGCGUCAACAGGAAAAUUAUAUUUAUUUAACUGGAAAGAAUUUGGAUUACACAGUGAUGAAUAUGUAGGUCAGAAACAUGCUAUUCAGUGUAUGGUACCCAUCACUCAGAAUAUUGUAGUGACAUCAGGUGAAGAUGGCAUAUUAAGGGCAGCUCACAUGUUCCCUCAGCGUCAACUGGGUGUAGUAGGCCAACACAGAUUACCUGUUGAACGUCUUGACAUAAGUCACGAUGGGCAGUAUAUUGCGUCAUGCUCACAUGAUAAUGAUGUUAAAUUUUGGAACAUAUCAUAUUUUGAAUCAAUUGAAUCUAUUAUAGAUGUUAGCCAAAAACAUAAUAAAAGAAAAGAUCUAAGUAAUAACUUGCCAUCAAGUAGCUUGAAAAAUGCAUCUGAUUUCUUCUCAGGUCUAGUUUAA